AUGCAGGACGAUGAAAUUACAGAGAACAUACAACCGCCUCCGCAAUACCCUGGCGAUGACACACGCCCGACAAGCAAAAAGGAACUUGUUGGAUGGUAUAGCUAUGGCUGGGCCGCUGAGGUGUUCACCGUAUGUGCUAUGGGAUCCUUUCUUCCCAUCACAUUAGAGCAAAUGGCGCGAGACAGCGGAGUCCUCCUGGCCGACAAAACGACCCCGUGCAGCGCAACAUGGAAGACCCCACAGGGGACCUCCCCAACUUUAUCUGCAGACACAACAGGUCUUUGGAGUAGCCAGGCCCCACGAACAAGUCAAUGUAUUGUUCACAUACUGGGCGCAGAAAUCAACACGGCGAGCUUUGCCAUGUACACCUUCUCCGUGAGCGUGUUUGUUCAAGCCAUCCUGAUCAUAUCCAUGUCGGGCGCUGCAGACCACGGGAGUUAUCGGAAGAUACUCCUGGUCGCAUGUGCCCUGAUUGGCUCGAUAUCGACCAUGAUGUUUAUUGCGGUUAAGCCCAAUCUCUACAUACUUGGGGGAUUGUUUGCGGUGGUGGCAAACACAUGUUUUGGGGCGUCGUUCGUGUUGUUGAAUUCGUUCUUGCCUCUACUAGUUCGUCACCACCCUUCUCUUCUUGCCAAACAUCGCCAAGCCGGGGCUUCGCCCAACGGUGAUCGGCCACCUGCUACGCAUAGAGCUCAUCGGACUGAAGACGAGGUCAAUGUUACAACACCGCUCCUUCCGUCUGGGAGCACAAAUACGGAUGGUGCGACCCAGGAAUCUGUGUCGGACACCUCGUUGGAGUUGAAGCUUUCUACGAAAAUAUCUUCCAACGGAAUCGGCAUUGGCUAUAUUGCUGCGGUGAUUCUGCAAAUUAUAUGCAUUGUGGUUGUAGUCAACACCAACCAGACCACCUUUUCGCUGCGACUCGUCCUUUUCUUGAUUGGGCUUUGGUGGUUUAUCUUCACUUUUCCCGCGGCGCUGUGGUUACGGCCGCGACCUGGCCCACCCUUGCGAUAUGCAGACGGCGGGAAAGAGCGCAGAUCGUGGCUUGGGUAUAUCGCAUAUGCUUGGAAGUCAUUGGGCCGGACUGCCAUGCGGACUCGGCACCUGAAAGAUAUCUUGUUGUUCCUGGCAUCUUGGUUCUUGCUUAGCGACGGGAUCGCCACGGUCAGUGGGACUGCCGUACUGUUUGCAAAAACUCAGCUCGACAUGGAGCCGGCCGCUCUGGGGAUGAUCAAUGUGAUUGCCAUGAUGGCCGGGGUGUUUGGGGCGUUUUCCUGGAGCUACGUCUCACGCGUCCUGAAUCUCCGCGCAUCGCAGACGAUCAUCGCUUGUAUCAUUCUGUUCGAACUUGUACCGAUUUAUGGGCUGUUGGGUUUCAUCCCGGCGAUUAAGCGACUGGGCUUUAUCGGCCUUCAACAGCCAUGGGAGAUGUAUCCCCUGAGCUUUGUGUAUGGACUCGUCAUGGGUGGGCUGUCGUCUUAUUGCCGAAGCUUCUUUGGCGAGUUGAUUCCUCCUGGAUACGAGGCCGCUUUCUAUGCACUGUACGCGAUCACGGAUAAGGGGUCGAGUAUCUUCGGACCCGCCAUUGUGGGGGCCAUCACCGAUCGGUAUGGAGAAAUUCGACCGGCUUUUGGGUUCCUGGCCAUCUUGAUUCUUCUCCCGCUGCCGUUGAUGCUUUUGGUUGAUGUGGACCGAGGAAAACGGGAUGCUCAAGCUCUUUCAGCCGAGUUAGAGGGUACUCGGGACGAACCAGUUGCGGAUGGUUCUCUGGAAUAG